AUGUCCAGUGGUUUCAUGGUUGCUUCUGUGAAUCUUCCUUUGGUGAGAUUUGUUUCAAACGGUUUUAAGCGCGCUAUCCGACUUGUCACGUUACACGAGCUGUCACAUGAUGCCGUCAACCAAAGACAGUCCCUUACCUCCAGAACUAAUCCAUGCUGUCUCACUGACCAUUUUCUGCUUCUGCUGAAUGCACCACUAUUGAUUCUUCCUGAUUUGACCGUCCAUUGUAUUCGCGGAAACCAGGCCUUAGAAUCACGCCUCUUGAUGUCUUCAUGGUUGUACGGGGAAGGGGUACUGCAUUCUAAAUGA